CCCGCGGCCGCCGCGCUCCCCACUCGCCGCCGCGGAGAGCGCGGUGACCGCCCGCCGCCCCGCCUCGGAGGCCCCGAUGGCUCAGGCGAGGAUCAACGCGAAAGCCAACGAGGGGCGCUUCUGCCGCUCCUCCUCCAUGGCCGACCGCUCCAGCCGCCUGCUCGAGAGCCUGGACCAGCUGGAGCUCAGGGUAGAGGCUUUGAGAGAAGCAGCAACUGCUGUGGAGCAAGAGAAGGAAGUCCUCCUGGAAAUGAUCCACAGUAUCCAGAACAGCCAGGACAUGAGGCAGAUCAGCGACGGAGAAAGAGAAGAAUUAAAUCUGACUGCAAACCGUUUGAUGGGACGAACCCUCACCGUUGAAGUAUCAGUAGAAACCAUUAGAAACCCCCAGCAGCAGGAGUCCCUAAAGCAUGCCACCAGGAUUAUUGAUGAGGUGGUCACGAAGUUUCUGGAUGAUCUGGGAAAUGCCAAGAGUCACUUAAUGUCGCUGUACAGCGCGUGUUCAUCUGAGGUGCCGCCCGGGCCAGUUGAUCAGAAGUUUCAAUCCAUCGUAAUUGGCUGUGCUCUUGAGGAUCAGAAGAAAAUUAAGAGAAGAUUAGAGACUCUGCUUAGAAAUAUUGAAAACUCUGACAAGGCCAUCAAGCUGUUAGAGCAUUCUAAAGGAGCUAGUUCCAAAACCCUGCAACCAAGUGCUGAAAACAGAUUUAAUUAGUUCUCAAACCUAAGAGCACUUACAAAUAUGGAGGUAAAAAUGAUAAAAUACUAUUUGAAGUGGUAACUAGUUCUUUGUUAGGCAGAACAACUCAUUAGAUACUGAUAGUUGUUUUAGAUAAGGAAAAUAUGCCAGUGUCGCCAGUUUUGUGAAUAACAGGUAAAACCAGAAAUGUUUUAAUUAUCUUUCUAGAACUUUUUAGAUUGAAGUCUUGUCCUGUACUAGGAUCUAGCACCUAAUACAUAUAUUUUUUUACUUUCCUGUGGCUGAAUCCUUAGAUGUGGGGAGAAGUAAGUGCUCAGCUGGGGCACCACUGUCACUCUUCCUUUCUGGGCCCGUCUGGCUCGGAGACACACGGGCGCAUGGGCGUCUGGUGGACUAGCCAUUCUUUACCUUAAGCAGCACACACUUGUACACAUCUCCUGUUGACCAGGCAGCAGGCUCGAGGGAUACAAGCAAUCACAAAAUGAGAACCUUGCCCUACAUCUUGUUUCACUCCGUAGUUUUUUUAGACAUCUGUAUCAAAUUACUUUCAACUUAAAGAUUUAUGCCUCUCAUAAUGUGCAUGUAUUUCUUGAUAUACGUGAAAACAUGGCAUAAAAUGUGGGAGAAUUCACCUCUAAUUUUACCACUGUGAACAACUAUGUAGCUACUUCAUCUUUUUCCAAAUGCAUAAUUUCUCUACAUUUUUAAUCAUUACGGAAAUACAGUGUUGUACCUUGCCUUUAAAAAAAGAGUUAAGUGCAGCUAUAAAGUCUGCUUAAUUGUCAACUUUUCAGCCUCCGUUCUGUGUAGUUGUAAAAUUCACUUUCCCCUUCCCCUUACUGGACGUAUAGGUUAUUUCACUUUCUUGCUUAUUCCUGCAACACAUUAUGUACAUAGAGUAUUUCCCUUCUUUUGUUUUUGAUUUUCCUUGUGUAAAUUCCCAGCAGUGGGAUUUACUGGGUCAAAGGGAUACAUUUUCAUGACUUGACAUAUUACCAAAUUUUUUUGUAUAAGAGUUAUAUCAAUUUAUACUGUCUUCAAUAAUUAAAAUGUAGCUAUUACCCCGAAA